UGGGAAUUCCGCGGCUGGUGGAGGUGUCGGUGGACACAUUGAUCUAUUAUAACUCAUUUGUUUCGUUCUUCCACCUUUUUUUCACAUUUCCGGUAUAAUUUGUUUAAUCAGCGAUGUCUUUAGUCAAUUAUUACUCAAGCAGUGACGAUGAAAACUCGGGAGAUGAUGAUAAAACGGAAGACUAUGUUGAGUCAGAAAUCGGGUCAUCGUCGUCGGCGGCCGAUUCUUCAAAUUCGGAUCGACAGACCGCACCAAAACCGUCAUUAUUCCGUUCAUUGCCGGCUCCUAGAUCCUCUCAAAUUAGUAUCCCAGAAGAGGCUGAGAGAACACAACCAUCCAAUGUUCAUCAAGAGUCAUCUUCUCUUAGAAGGCUUGGAUCCUUGAAUCUUCCUCUGCCAAAGAAGCGAUCUAAACAACCCAUCAAAAUCACUGCUCCGUCACUGCCACAGAUGAAUUCUGAUGAUGAAGAUGAUGAGCCAGCGUCAAAGAAGCAGAAACCAGCAACGAGUAACUACAACCCCAUCCACCAUGGCAGGCGGAAUGCUCUGCUUCAAUUCGCCAUCGGUUCCCAUGUCGGCGCUAUCCAUACGGCAACAGCAGUACACAGGGAUCCAAGUAACAGACACACACUAGCAAGCCCUUCCAGCCUUGCCUCAAGACUUCUAGACGUCAAACAUGGGAAAGAGAUGAAGGAACACACUCUUGAGGAGCUGGUAGAGGUCAGCCGUUUUGCCAUGGAGAAACUGCAGAAGAAGCUAGAGCUCCAACGCAAGCAGUUCUCUCUGUUGUCCGAAGAAUCCUUGAUGGGUCAGGGAAGUGGUGCCCCUCUCCCAGUCAGGGACUCCUCCCCUGCUAGUGCUGCGACUUCGCAGCAGGGCGACAUUCAUGCCAUGCCUCCUGGAUGGCACUUACAGGCAAAUCCGGUCGUCAAUACCACUUUACAUCCAGGCUUGUCCUCAAUCCUACAGACGCCAAACUUUGAGCCACCCAAAGGCAUGCUUACCUCCCAGACAUUCCCCUUUGCUUUGCCUCUAGGUUCAAGUGGAGGGAGCAUUGCCAACAAUCUCCCCACGAGCAUCUCUAGUUUUGCUCCGGUGAAUCUUGCAAGUGUUGGCCCGCAGGUGGCCGUUGCCAGAUCUGAAGUGACCGCUGCAGUAGCAGAAGCACCCAUUCCCAAGAGUCAAACUCCACCCAAACAAACCUUGUGCUCUCCUUCAAAAGAGCCUGAUUCGGAAGCCCACAUCAACUGUUGUGCGGCUUGUCUCAACCGGAUCGAUGUACUAGAAUGCAAAGUCAAGAAGAUCUUGGAGCAUUUGAACACUAAGAACUUGAAGACAGGUCAGCCCUCACCAUCAUCAGGUCCUUUCCCAGUGUCUUUGGCAUAUUCAUCUCAGGGGUUAGUGCAGGACACUACCCCGGAUAUACAAUCACCUAAGAGGUUUCCAUCGCAAACUCUUGCACAACUUAGUCAAGAUUUUCAGACUCCAUUCCUGGCGACACAUCAUGAGCAUUCAAGCCCUCCGACAAUGCCCAAACCCAAAGUGGUCUACCCACGCCCAGUGGGUGAAUCUUCAUCAGCAGGAAUCCCAUCCCAGCCGUUUAUAAGUGACCAAUAUGACUAUCAAAGUCUGAUGCGGUUUAAAGGUGGCUCAAGAAUAAGAACUGAGUUGGAGCAGGUUGCAGUGCACAAUUUCAAAAACACUAAAGACUCUGGCAAUCAGGCAACGACAACACAUACAGGGGAAGAUUCUGAAGUGUUUGACCAAUCUCAACUACAGGCUGUCAUCUACUCUGCUGCUGUCUUUGAAAGCCUUCCUCCAAAAAUUCAGACCGUACUGAAUGUUCUUGAGAAGAACGAAAAUGGUAGUGUUACCCGCCUCGAGGUGAAGCAAGACAUACUGAUUUCGCUCACUCCUUAUGUGAGAGACAGGAGUUCGAUUGCCCGCAGACUUGCGGAUGUCCUGUUUACGGAUGAUGAGAGGUGUAUCUGCAAUUGUAGUGGCUGGAGGAAACCAGCCGCUUUGGAUCCCAUCCGCAUGCAGGCCCUGACAGAUGCUGUUUUCAAAUUGUGUCCUGCCAUUGAAGGUCACAAAAAAAAUCUUUGGCACGACUGCGUUAAGGCCAUAGAUGCUGCCUCUAGACAUAUCGUACGUAUCCGCAAGAAUAAAGGGAAGGCUCCACGACAGGGUAAAUGGCUUCCCUUUGGGAUUAAAAGCAGGCAAGACAGACUUAACAUUGUAGCUCCAAUGGUGGAGAUGGAUCCCACUUCUGACACCAUUGACUAUGACAACCUUCCUGCAAGGUUAAAGUCCAUCCUAUAUGUUACACACAGAGAUUCUUUCGGUAAAGCUAUCAAAGUACAACUUACAGAUUCGUAUCUCGCCCCGUUCUGCUACCUUUCAAAAAGCAGGCUGACUGUAGCCUGUCAACUCGCUGAUACCCUGUUCACACAAAAAGAGCGUCUAGGAGCGUCGUGCUUCAGUGGGCAAGGAAAACGGCUCCUCGACCCUUUACGGAUGGAUGCGUUGAGAGAAGCAACGUUCAAAAUCUGCCCUUCGUCCAUUAUGGAGCAAAAACAAUUGUGGUCCACCUGUAUGAAGGCUAUCGACAGAUUAUCAGUCAUUCCAGAGAUAAUGGAAACCAUACCGGUGUCUCCAGAGUGCGUUUCGGAAACUGUUGACACACUGAUUAAAACGGAGCAUGGUCUUGAAGAUGGCAGUUCGUUUUAUGGGCGCCAGUUUAUGAGCAGUGAUUAAUGAUGGGUGCUGCAUAAUAGACCGAUCCAUUAAGCUCCGCCCCAUUGCGUUUAGACCAAUCACAACCCAUUGCGCAACCUUAAGUCCGACAAAGUAAGUCAGACAUGCAUGCGCGUAUGCUUGGCGCGCGCGACAGAGUUCUGCAGAAUGGCAUUAGGGUGGCUCACGCGUGCGCCGUGGGUGUAGCGUAAUGGAUCGGUCUAUUGAAUCUGGAUUUGAACAUUUGUUUAUUAGUGCUUUUAGGAGUACCGCUGUAGGAAAUUUGUAUAAGUAUUAUUUAUUCUCUUCUCUGAAAUAUUUAUGAAGUAGAAACCAGAGUGUUUCAUGUACAGAGCAUUAAAUGUUGAAUCAUUUGUGAAGCCAGAUACUUCCUGCUAUUGCAAAGCAAAUUUCGAUGUCACAUUGCUGUUUUUUGCAAAUUUUUGACAUCAACAUUUGUAUCGCAUUCACAUUCGUAGGAAGUAUGAAUCAGGCUUUAGUAGUUUGGAACAAGAGGGGCACCUGAUCUAUUGCCACGGGUGAUUCACAGUACAGUUCUUCCCCUACAGUUUGCUUCCAAAACUUCAACUAAAAAACAGUCACUCAUUGAGUGUGAAACGGCUGACACAAAAAUGGAAAGCAUUUACCAUACCAGCCUCAAAAAAAUUACCAUUUUUUAUUGACAAAUUCUGACCAUGAUACAUGUACACUGUAAAAAUAUUCUCUCUUGUUCAAAGUCAAAUAACAGAGGGCCCACUGUAUUGCAAAUCUUACAUAUUCAAACUAGAUAGGGGGGUAAGAAUAUUAUUGUUUUUAAUAAUAAUAAUAAUAAUAAUAGUGGCCUCUUAUAGAGCGCUCAGGUAUGAAGCUUAUGGCGCUUCACGAGCAAAAUUUGUACAAAUACAAAAAAAAGUACGAACAAAAGGUUUUGACCCUUACACCGUUUGAAGCAGUACUCUUCAUACUCGAAACUUUCCCCAAGUUCGGUGUUAAAAAAGUGGGUUCGAAUUUCACUCGAUUUUUUUUACAGAACUCUUGAAAGACCUCUUGAAAGUAAACAGUGUGUGUACACAUCAGUGUACUGUUAGGGUAUAACCAAAUAGUGUAAGGUAUUGUGCUUAGAAGAUGAUGAGAUAACAUUGGGUUCACUGGUUAUACAUUUUGGUUCUAGUUCACCGGUCAUUCCCUACGAUCUCAAAAUAAUGUAACUUGUAUAAGGAGCUAAGUUGAUUCAAGGAAAGAUAAUCUCAUAUAAAAAUUGUUUUAGAAUCAAGGUUACAUUUUUGUUAAAAUCUAUUUUGUGUUCUAAAUGAUAAUUGUAAACACUGUGACUAAUAGUUCGCUUAGCUUGAAACUCCAAGUAGAGCGUCUUUAAAUGCCAUUCUUGCUAUUCGUGCAAUAAUAUUAGAAUACUAAAGCAGUGCAACUUUUGCUAGAGAUAUAAUUAAAAAUUAAUGUCACUUGAGGUAUGGUCAUUGUUUUGUUUGUUGGCGUGUUGGUAUUGUAGGUGCGCUUGAUUAGCUUCCCUGUGUCGACCCCACGGUGCUCACUCGGGUGAGCCCCCGACAAGAAGUAAUCUCGUGGUGAAGUCAUGCACCUUAGGCCAGCCUCCAAGUGACCCACUCCACAAGCAGGGCACUUGGAGCUGACCUGGGUUAACCCCUAGAAUGACGUCAAAGCUAUUCGAACAAACCAAGGGCAUACCCGGAGCAGACCCAGGGAAGCUAAUCGAAUGCACCCCUCAUGCUAGGAGUCGCCUGUGAAAAUUUCGCUGAGUUAAGUGUGUUGUUGAAAAUGAACACUUCUAAAUGAACUUUAACCUUUCUAGAAUUUAAACUUAAUUAUGCGCAUUGUAGGAUUUCCUCGGACAGAUGGUUUUCCCCUCUAUGGAUUCCAGACAUCUCACUUGUUGGAUCAACUAUUUAUCUUGUAUCGUUAUAAAAUAGUUUGUUAUGUGAAAAUUUAAUGCUCUAAAUAAAUUGAAUGGAAAA